AUGGACGAUACAAACCUGACCCCAGAUGACGUCACAACGUGUGUCUGUAACGUCACCGUCCUGGACACCGUGAAGGUCAGCGUGCCCCAGAAGCUGGUGACCGACCAGGACUACAUCCUGAUGUGCGGCAUCAUCAACAUCCUGUCCGUGAUGGUCUCGGUGCCCGGAUGUGUGGGCAACAUCCUGGCCAUCAAGACGUUCAUCAGGAUGGGUCUCAAGGACGGGGUCACCAUCUCCUUCAUGUUCCUCUCCCUCUCCGACCUCCUCUACCUCCUCGUCCUCCUCGCUCACUCCAUCGCUUCCGGUUUCUACCUCACGGAGAUGCAAACCGGCUACCGGAUAUGGUUCGCCAUUGAACCGUUCGGCGUGUACAUCUUCCUGACCAACGCCGGCAUCCUGGUCUACCUGCUGACCGUCUUGACCACGACAUUCCUGGCUGUGGUCCGCUGUAUCUGUGUCUCCAUGCCGCUCCACUUCAAGAACACGUUCACCAGACGCAGGUCCAUCUGCGUGCUGGCCGCCUUCUGCCUGGUCUCCGUGGCCAGUUACCUCCCCAUCUUGGUGUACAUGGAGAUGAAGCCAGAGUUUGACCGCAGGGUCAACUCGACCCGCGCCGUCCUCUGGAUCUCCAGCAGACGUGACAAAAUCAAAGAGAACGUCUGGAUCGUCCGGGACGUGUUCGUCACCUUCAUGACGCAGCUCGUGGUCAGCGUCUGCGUCAUCGUCAUGGUCAGGUGUUUGAACACGGCCUCACGGUUCCGCGACAAGUUCCGCGACCGUUCGCUCAGCUUCUCCUUCCACCGCAACUCCACCGCUAGCCCGACCUCCUCCAUCCGCUCCGUCACGGAGACUGUCCCCACCCCCACGGAAACCAUCCCCUCCCCCAGCAGCGGGGGUGCGGCCCGACCCAGCAAGCUCUCGUCCAAAGAGCUGGCAGUGGUCAGCCAAGUGGUACUCAUCUCACUGGCCUACAUCUUCUGCAACACGCCCAAGAUCCUGAUUGACGUGGCCGUCAUGUUCGUGCCUGAGCUGACACUGGGCAAACUCUAUCAGAACCUCUACCUCUUCGUCAUCAACGUCAUGGAGCUGGUCCAGGCAUGCAACUCCAGCAUCGCCUUCCUCGUCUACAUGCGCUACAACAGCAAGUUCAAGAAGUCGUGUGGUCUAAGGCUUGCUGCCUAG